AACCGCCCCAACAGCCGGCCCCGCAGCCAUGCUGGGCGCCGCCGGGCCGGCCCCGCGGGCCUCGCCACAGCCGCUGCCGCCUGGCGCCCUCCGCGGCCUCUGCGCCUGGCUGGACGGGCUCCCGCUCAGCCGUCCCAAGCGCCACCUGGCCCGGGACUUCAGCGACGGCGUGAUGCUGGCAGAGAUUGUGAAGCACUUCUGUCCCCGACUCGUGGAUCUGCACAACUAUGUCCCCACCUGCAACACUGACCAGAAGCUCAGCAACUGGAGCAUUCUCAACAGGAAAGUCUUUCACAAGCUGCGUUUGUGGGUCUCAGAGACGGAUAUCCGAAAGGUGGUGGCCAACACGCCCGGAGCCAUCGAGCCCAUCUUGUGUGCACUGAGGGAAAAAGUGACGGAUUGUGCUGCCCACCAGGACCCGCCUGCCAUGGCCGGCCCAGGACCCUUCGGCGGGACUGCUGAGAGACCCCGGGCAGAGCUCACCGCCCCGCCGCACACUGGCCUGCCCGGCCCCACAACGGCCUCAAGUGCGAAGACCCCUCAGAGUCCAAGGACUCCAGAGAAGACCGGCUGCUGUGUGUGCACAGGUCAGGACCCGGCGGGGGGACCCUGGGGGCACCUGGACUCCAGGCUGCAGCAGCUGCUGGAGGAAAAGGAGCAGGCACUGGCUGUCCUGCAGGAGAUGGUCAAGCAGUCUCCAUGUGCUCCUGGCUGGGGAGCAAACUGCCCGCCUGGCACCCCCGACCAUGUGGUCGCCCAGCCCCAGCCCAUGGACAGCGUGCUGCCUUUCAGGGUUCUGUGCUUUCCUGAAGAUUUUGCAGAUGAAGGUGGUCAGGCUGGAGCACCUGGUAAAGCUGAAGGACCAGCGGAUUGGAGAGCUGACGAGACCUGGGAACGAGCCCCAGUGACCGAGAGUGACACCGGAGAAAGGCUCCUCCGAGUGGCCACCCCUCCCAAGUCCGCUAGACCUUGAACUUGAGUCCACAUGGAACUCCCCCAGACCAGGGGCCCUUCUGCUUGUGUCUGUGCACCGUCCAGCAGGAGCAGAGUGGGGACAUGUGUACAGAGUGUCCCAGGGGCCUCGGUGUGCGGACGUCCACGCAGCAGAGGCCGGAGAUUCCAGCCCACCCCAGAGACCCGUUGGGAUAUCAAGACUUGGUCUCGUUCCCUUGA